CAAACCCGCAUUUUCCAAUUACUCAAAAGAAUUGACCGGUCAUUGACUCAUUUAGUAAAAACCCUAGAGCUUGAGAGCUCAAGCAACAAUGGCGGUACUGCCUACUGAAAUCAUCGCCGAAAUUCUCUCAAAAUUGCCUGUCAAAAUACUUCUCCGCUUUCUUUGCGUCUGCAAGGCUUGGAAUUUGUUAAUCAAAACCCCCAAUUUCAUCAAACUUCACCUCAAUCAAACCCUAAUUUCCAACUCCGAUCGUCAUAUCCUCCUCUAUUACCCCUUUCUUUACUCUGCCGAACUCGACAUCCACCAUGACCGCAUCUCUUUCUCGAAGCUCCACCACCCUCUAUCACCUCUGCAAGUUCACUUGUUUGGUUCCUGCAACGGCAUCAUUUGCAUCGCCGACCCCUCCAAAACCGACAUCUUCUUGUUCAAUCCGCUAACCAAAUCACAUCGUAAGCUCCCUGCCAAUAAAAUUCUUAACUCUGAUAUCGGUUAUGUGUUGUUUGGGUUUGGGUAUGACAGCAAGAACGAUGACUACAAGGUUUUGAGGCUGGUUCAGGGGUUUACAAAUGACAAGAUGUUCUACAGUGAAGCUAAAUUGUGUUCUCUGAACAACAAUUCGUGGAAAUCCGUUGAAGGUAUCUCAUUAUAUCUCAUUUAUGCUGAUUGUCAUGGUGUUCUUGUUAAUGAGGCCUUGCAUUACAUAGUGAAUUCCGAAGAAUUAGGUUCAUCGGGUAAGUUCAUUGCUAGUUUUGAUCUUCAGAAUGAGAGUUUCUCGCUUAUGGACUGCUCGAAAUUUUUGGGUAAGGGUGAGAGUAAUUUGAUGAUGCUUUUGACGGAAUUGGAUGGAUGUUUGUGUGUUAUGGUCAAUCAUCUUAAUAACUUUAUAUUGGAACGCGCCGAUCUGUGGGUAAUGAAGGAGUAUGGAAACAAAGAGUCUUGGGCUAAAUUGUAUAGUAUUGGCCAGGAGUGUGUUCGGAGUGGUAUGCAAAUUAAGCCUAUUGUUUACUCCAAAGAUGGGAAAAGUAUUUUGUUAGAGAUAGACGUUUCAAAGUUUGCUUGGUAUGAUUUGGAGUCCAAAAAUGUUGAGAUAUUCACACCUCGUGGACUGCCAGAUGGAGCUUUAGAAACUGGGUGUUUUAUUGGCAGCCUUGUUUCUCUGGACAAUAAGCUGGAUUCUGAAAAGGAAACCUUACCAAAGAAAAACAAGAAAAAAAAAGUUAUUGAUAAUUUUCUGUCUGCGGGGUUCAAGCUGAGGUUAUAACCUUAUUGAAGAUGCUACUGCUGGGACUUUUUUCUGAACUGUGUAAUGUAUUUUGGAGUUCAGAAGCUGAAACAUCGGCAACUUACUUUCUUUUUCGUAGGAUUGACCAGCACUGGUUUAAUGAUUUCAACAUGAAGAGACCAAGAAAAAGUCCUACUAGAAGUAAAUGCAAUGCUGGCUAUCUCUUGUAGUACAUUUGCAACAUCUACCGUUUGUAAAUUGAUGGUUGUGACUCGCAAAUUGCAAUGCAUCAAACUGUACUGUAGUCUGUACUUCCUAGCUAGUUCCUAACACGAUUUCUUAGAACUUAUGUUGUAAGCAAUGCUAAUACAUUAAUCAAUCACGUAGACUGUAGAUUCUGGUGUAUACACUAAUUCUCGUUGUUUAAUUGUGCUUGUGAUUUGUGUGA